AUGAUGGGUGAGGUUGGGGGUGGGAUGAUGGGUGAGGUUGGGGGUGGAUGUGGGUGGGGUGGGGGGGGGGGGGUGGUGGGGUGGGGGUGGGUGGGGGGUGGGGGGUGGGGUGGGGGGGUGGGGUUGGUAGGGGGGGGGGUGGGUAGGUGGGGGGGGUGGUGGGGGGUGGGGGGGGGGGGUGGGGGGGGGGGUGGGGGGGUUGGGGGGGGGGUGUGGUGGGGUGGGGGGGGGGGGUGUAGGGGGGGGGGUGGGGGUUGGGGUGUGGGGGGGUGGGUGGUGGGGGGGUGGAGUGUUAGGGUGUGGGGGGUGGGGGGUGGUGGGGGUGGGGGGGUGGUGGGGUGUGGGGUGGGGAGGGGUGGGGUGGGGGGUGGUGGGGGGGGGGGUGGAUGGGGGGUGGGGGGGGGUGGUAGGGUGUGGGUGGGGGUGGGGGGGGGUGGGGGUGAGGGGGGGUGGGUGGGGGGUGGGGGUGGGUGGGGGGGGGGUGGUUGGGGGGUGGGUGGGGUGGGGAGGUUGGGGUGGGUUGGGUGA